AUGAACGGAGUUCAUAGCUUUGGAUGCAACAGCCAGAACAUCCAUGGUGAACAUGAUCAUGAUCAUGAUCAAACAAGCCCUAGAAGCUCUAGAGGAGGCAACAACAGUAUCUACAAGCACCGAAGCGCAGACAAUUGUUUUCCUUUCAGUUACAUGUCUUGUAGUCCUCUCCCAAGAAACUCCACCCCUCAAAUGAGAAGCAUCAGCCGAAAAAGCAGUACCGGUUCUUCGCCGCUAUCCCUGCCCUUUCUUGGGAAAAAUCUGAGCCGUCGGAACUCCAACAACAUCUUGUUCUCCAACUCCUCCGGGUUGUUGAAACCGCCGGCAAUCGAAAAGAAGCUCAAGUGCACGCUUGAGGAGUUGUGUUAUGGAUGCCAAAAGAAGAUCAAAAUCACAAGAGAUGUGGUUAAACAUAACGGGAAAAUAGUCCAAGAGGAGGAGUUGUUAACUAUACAAGUGAAACCUGGAUGGAAAAGUGGGACGAAAAUCACGUUUGAAGGAAUGGGAAAUGAGAAACUUGGGACAAGCCCAGCUGACAUAACAUUUGUGAUAGCCGAGAAAAGGCACCAAUUGUUCAGAAGAGAAGGAGAUGAUUUGGAGUUAGCCAUAAAAAUCCCUUUGGUGAAGGCUCUAACUGGUUGUAGCCUUUCCAUUCCUCUCUUGGGUGGGGACAAAAUGAGCUUGAGUAUUGACGAUAUAAUAUAUCCUGGUUUUGAAAAGAUCAUCCAUGGCCGAGGAAUGCCGAUCCCUAAAGACCAAGAUGGAAGGAGAGGGAAUUUGAAAGUCGCUUUCCUAGUUGAUUUUCCAACCCAAUUGACAGAUGAACAGAGAUCAGAUGUGCUUAGCAUAUUGCAAGAAACAAGUUGA